CACUUCGCACGACACUUUAUAAAAUCAAUAAUACAUUGUCAAAAUAGUAUUUGCAUUUUCAUGUCGAAUUGGUGUCGUCUGAAACGCAAAACCGGUGACGACGCAUAUUAAAGAUCCUAGAGAUUGAGAAGUAAUGCGCCUUACAAACAAAAAAAACAAGAUGGAUUCUGAUAUAAAUUACGGCGAUUUGUCAUACAGUAUCGAUUUAGUAGAAGACUCCGAGCAGCUGAAGAAUGAUUUGAUCGAAAUAAAGGAUGUCUUGGACCAUCUUUUGCCCCUAAAGCCUGUAUACAAUUCACUGUCUCUUCCAGUGAAAAUUGAACUCGAUUUAUUCCUUUUAUUUGCUUUGAAUUCCCUUCAAUGGAUAAAGCUGCAAGUAAAUGGUGUUGAUCCGCGCACCCAUCCUGUUGCGGGAGAAUUGCAGCGCGUGAAAAUAGCUAUGAUUAGAUGGCAUGAAGAGUGCGAUCGUCAAAAUAGGCCCAGGCUGGACAUACCGGUGGUGAGGCGGUUCAUCCGAGGUGGACUGCAAAUUAGAAAUGUUGGACAUCAGCCCUACACUGUAAAGAAACCAACAAACAAUACCAAUCAAGAUGAAAAUGAUCAGUUGUAAAUUGACUGAUUUUAUUGGUAGAAAUUCUUUUGUCUUAUUCUCUUUGUUGCCUAUUAGAUUUUAAUUGCUAAUCUUAUAUUAAAAUAGUUGUUCAUGGCUUCGCUGGCAUGAAGUUAAUCUCACAUACUUAUUAUGUAUCAGAUAUCUUCCAUUCAAAGUCCAGUCAAAAAUCCAGCCAUUUCCGAGAUCAACUGGAGCAAAUAUACACUUACUGGACAAUUAAAAAUAUGUUUUUUUAUGAUCUCCAAUUUUAUGACCUAUAUAUAUUUAUGAGUAUGAAUUAACAAACUAUUAAGUUUUAUUAGGUUGUAACAAAAAAAAUGUUUUAAUUUUAUUAUGGUCAAUAAGUUAGGUAACCAAAGGAUCUAUUUAUAACUUUCCUGUUUUUUAAAUUGUCAGUGUAUGUAUCUAUAAAGCCUAGCCAGGAAUACAAAAAUCCUCAGAAAAAUGGAACUAAUUCCUCUGCCUACAUUACAAACAAUUGUCCAGGAUUUUUAUAUUCUUGGUUAGGCCAUAAAAUAUUUUAAGGCAUAUAAUCUUAGUAGAUUAGGUAUACUCAUUAUAUCAAGAGUAAUUGUUUAUUGCUACAAAAAAAAGUUUGAAAUAAAGUCAUCCUAUUCCUUCAUUCAAUGAUCUAAAAUUUAGCUUGUUAUUUUAUUUAGAAAAGAAGAACAGUUUUAACUUAAAAUUGUCAUGUAAUUUUAACAAAAUGUAUUUAAACUUGAGUGGAUAAUUAAAAGCCAUCAUCAAACUGCCAAUAUAUCUAUGGAGGGUUGGAACAUGUAUGUACUACUCCAUACAUCUCUAUCAAACAAAAAAAGAAUUGAAAUUAUUUAAAACUUUAAAUAUAUAAUACAUAAAGUGUGAACUGAACAAUAUCGGAUUCAAAACAAAACCAUAGACAAAUAUGCUAUAUUUUAUGUUGAAAUUCAUAAAAUUAAAUUUCUCAUUUUUUUUGACAAUUUAAAUAUUAUAUAAUAGCCACCAUGUAUGUAGUUGGACAAGCCUCUACUUAAGCUUUCUAUGUUAAAGGACUUAGGAACUAGGAAUAGAAAAACGCUUGUAGUUUUUUUCUAAUUUAUUGCUUGUCUUUCAUAUAUUGUAAAAUUAAAUAAAAUAUUCAUCA